GUUGGGAAUUUUCCUAGCAUUAUAUAUUCUCUCGCUCUUUCACUAUAUUUGUCUAAAAAUAUUUCACUUUUAAUUUCUUGAAUUCCCCAAUCAAUUCCAUUUUUUUCUCUUCUAACACAUAUAUAUAUAUAUGAUAUGAAGAGAACCAAAUCGUUUCUACCGUCCCCGCUGUAUGGAAAUGUGAUCACUGUUCUUAGCAUCGACGGUGGUGGAGUAAGAGGAAUUAUUCCGGCGACUAUCCUUGCCUUCUUAGAAUCUGAGCUUCAGAAAGUGGAGGAUGACAAGAAUGCUAGAAUUGCAGACUAUUUUGAUGUAAUUGCGGGAACAAGCACAGGUGGACUCAUUACUGCCAUGAUUACAGCCCCAGACCGAAACAAAAGGCCAUUAUUUGCUGCCAAAGACAUCGUCGACUUCUACCUCCAACACUGUCCUCUUAUCUUUCCUCAACGGCAUAAGCAUACAGGUCAUCUUAUUAGUAAGGUUAAGUCUCUGACUGGACCAAAAUACGACGGGAAGUAUUUGCAUAAUCUGCUGAGAGAAAAAUUUGGUGAUGUGAGGUUGAACCAAACGCUUGCUAAUGUCAUAAUUCCAACAUUUGACAUCAACCGUCUCCAACCUACUGUCUUCUCUACCUAUGAGGGAAAAAGGAACUCCAGCCUAAAUGCUUUGUUGUCAGAUGUAUGUAUUGGAACCUCAGCUGCUCCAACCUAUCUCCCACCUCAUUCUUUUGAAACCAAAGCCUCCAAUGGUCAAGUUAAAGAAUUCCAUCUCAUUGAUGGUGGUGUUGUGGCCAAUAAUCCGAAAUUCAUUACUCCACAAACAAAUUUACAGCCUAAAAGCACCUUUUUCAAAUAAGGCCGGUAUGCAAUCUAUACAAGAAAGUAUUAGUAACUAAUUACAAUAAGUCAAACCAUGCCAUAUCUCCUUGAGCUACAUGCCUAGGCAUAACACAAGUUAUUCUAGUUUUGAUUUGCCAUUUUGCUUCCUGGACUAACAGCUUAGGAGACACAAUGCUUGAUUGCCAAAGUUUGUUAUUCCUAGCCUGCCAUAAAUGAUAAACCAGAGCUGCAACAGAGGCAGCUAAAACAUUCUUCUGAAACUUGCUCUUCUUGGACCUUUCUAUCCAUCUAAGCAGGCCUUGUAAUGAUUCUGUGUGAGCUCUCCAUCCAAGCCAUUUUUUCAACUGUUGUAAGCAGUCCUGAGAGAAAGAGCAAUCAAAAAACAGAUGUUCAACUGUUUCAUCUGCUCCAUUGCAGAGGAUACAAGUUGAAUCUUCAGUUAUGUUGAAUCUAUGAAGCCUCUCUCUUGUUUUUAGCCUAUUUUGAAUUGCAAUCCAGAGCACAAAGCUGUGCUUUGGGAUAUUAAGCCUGCACCAGACCUCUUUACUCCAGUGGAAUCUCUCCUGUACCUGAUUAAGCAACUUGUAGCCAGAGGAAAUUUGAUAGGUAUCUAAUGUAAAUUGCACAGGAUUUAUUAGAUGUUUAACUUCAUCUUUAAUGUUCACCAUUUUCCUCCAGUACCAGCUGCUUUGAGAUGGGGCAUUGUAACCCCACAACUCCUCAUGUUUUAUAUACACAUUAUGCACCCACUUAACCCAUAGGUUAUCUUUCUUUGUUGCAAUUGACCAGACAUUUUUAAUCAAAGCAACUCAGUUCCAAUCUGAAAUGUUCAUAAGGCCAAUUCCUCCAGCCUUCUUAGGCUUACAUAGCUUCUCACAGGCCACACUUCCUGACCCAACCAUAUUGCUCUGCCCCUGCCAGAGAAAGCUUCUACAAAUGCUUUCAAUUUCAGAUACAAGCUUCUUGGGUAGAAUCAUGAUUUGACUCCAGUAGGCAUGAAUAGUCAGAAGCACAGAAUUAAUCAAUAUUGUUCUACCUGCAAAGGAUAAGUUCUUGGAACUCCAGGUCUUGAUUCGAGCUGUCAUCUUCUCAACCAAGAUUUUGCAUUCAGCAGCUGAGAUUCUCUUGGCACAGAUGGGAAUGCCAAGACACUUAAAAGGGAUGUCAUUUCUACUGAAACCUGAUACAUCAAGAACUCUUCUAAUCUCCUCUUCACUCAUUCCACUGCAGUAAAUAGCUGUUUUUUUUAUGUUUGGUUUCAAACCAGAGGUGUUUGAGAACAACUUUAACCCCUGCAGCAUUAAAUAUAUGCUCUUAAAGUCACCUUUGCAGAACAGCAACACAUCAUCAGCAAAGCUUAGAUGAUUAAGUUUUAAAUCACUGCACCUUUCAUGAAACUGAAAAUAUUUCUUCUCCCCAACUUUCUGCAUAAUUCUACUCAAGUAUUCCAUCCCAAGAACAAAGAGUAAGGAAGACAUUGGCUCCCCUUGUCUCAAGCCUCUCUUUGCUGCAAAGAAUCCAUGCAUAGAUCUAUUAAACAUUAGAGAGUACCUAGGUGUG